UCGUGCUGCGAGCGAGAGAACGGAGGGCAAGACAGAAAAAAAAACUUCAGCUAAGGCCGCGACGCGACUCAUCUGUUUAAAUAUCUUCCUGUGCUGGUUUGGUUGUGUGAUCGAGCGUGCUGUGCUGCUAGCUUGCAGAUCACGCUUACCAGCGGCGUACACAGAGCGAGCGUAACAAAACACCGCCAAACGGUUUAGCAAGGGCGCAGAGGACCAGCGGACGGACACACACGUGACUGCCGUCAAUUGAAUGUCUGGUUAGCCUUCGCGCGUUAGUUUGCGUUCUUAGCACUGGCGCUGGCGGUGAUCUUGUUGGCUAGAGCACUAGACCGAGACAAUCUUGGGAGCUGUUCUUAAAAUCGAGAACGGAUGUGUGUGUUUCUAUGUGGAUGUAGUUAUAUGGUAUUAAUUGGUAAUUGUUUCUGCCUUGAGGACACGAAACACUUCAACUGUUGCCUCCACUGGCACGGCGACAUCUUGGUCGCGUAGUAGACUGUCGCUUUGGCUGCAAAUUCUGCAAACAAUUCAACCCCUCAGAACUGAUAUCUUUCUGAAGCGUUUGGUUCAAUUCAAAUGCGAUUCCUUAUCUCGUACGCUUGCCACAUUCCACAUCAGCUGACGAAGAGCCUCCGUCGCUGCCCGGUUCGGCUCGUACGACCUCCGGGAUAUCGUACGCAUGCGCGUCAAAUGUCAUCGGUACGCUAGCACAGACAUAACAUACCGAUAGCGAAUCCGACAGGCGAGCCCGAGGAAAAUAGUGUGUGUGUAAAUAAGUCCGUCGAUUGUGCUGAGGGUUGCGUUUAUUCUGUUACCAGUAGUAUUCUGGCUCCCCUCACAGGCAACGACAGUAACGUUAUAAUUCUCACAAUGGACAACUUCCCGAUUUCACACCAGCAUGGAAGUACCCUCCAUGGUACGACGCUCCGGGGGCAAACGAAAAGUGCGGCAAGCGGUCAGCGGUGCUGAGCAGCUGGUCUUAUUAAACGAACGCAUCAAAACCGAACCACACCAAGACCUAUCCGAACCCGAUCAUUCGCCACUUAUCGAUGGUGCUGGUGAUAGCCAAGGUUCCGAUAACGCUCCUCUACUCCCGCCGUGCGAUACCGAACCUGCCGCCCACUUGGUCUCGAGCAAGCAGUCCGGAGCAUCCUUGGUACUGCCACAGUGUAAAAUAAAGCGCAACUACUCGUGUGGCAGCUGCAACUACUUCACCCAGAACCCUCGCUGCUAUCUCACGCAUCUACGCGAUACGCACGGUGAGAAGAUUAGUGUGUACGAGUGCAAACGAUGUCUGUACGCGUCGCGACACUACCAAAAGCUGGCACGGCACAUAAGAAUGGUGCACGGUGUGUCGGCGGAACCUCAUAAAACAGCGUCACCAGGCAAAAGUGAUAGGAAAGUGAUUAAAAAAGAGAGUCCCAAACAGCAGAGACACCAGGGCGAGGACCUUUGUUCCGCUGGAUCGAUUGACGCGAAGAUUUUGGAUGCGCUCGGAAGCGCAUACGCACAGCAACUUGUUGCAUCCUUGUUGCCAUCGUUGUUGAACACCAUCGAACCGUCGGCUUGGAGUUCAUCUAUACUCGGUCUAUUGAAUCCAGCAAUCAAGUCCGAAACGGACAGUUUAUCAAGUAUUCUAAAAUCCCCAGAGCAGACCGCAAACCGGAGUCUAGAAAUGGAGAAAAACGUGCGGAAGUCUUCGGAAGAAAGUGAAACCGUGGCUAGAAAGCGUCCCCGACCAAUUCCCAACCUGAUUCCGUUGGCCCCGUCUACACCUGUUCCAACCAGACCGGAAAAGGAGCUACUCAAACCAGUGCCGAUGUCUAUGCUGAUGCCUCGGGCAGAUAGUGCAUCAAAGUCAUCCGACACACCUACAUCCCCAGUGCGCUUACCGUCACCCCAGACAAAGUGUACAUUUUGUGAGCUUAGCUUCGAGUCUACGAUCGAUCUGGCGAACCACAUCGCGACGUCACACAAGGAAGAUCUGAUAACGUCCUUGUUGCAGAAAUCGAUCGAUGAUUCGAGCCAAAACAUUUUCCCACAAAGCGACGCAUCGGACAGUGCUUCGAACGAGAUGUGGAAAAGCUUGCUGGAAGCGAACAUGUUUAGUGGAGAUUCUACGCCACGUGCUGGUGGCAGUGAGCUGGAUGGGAAGAGUCAAUCGAGCGCCUCCAAGGAAGAUGACGAUGUGGAGAUUCUCGAGGGCAAAUCGGAAACGUACUGUGGCAUUGAGACAGCGCCCGGCUACGGCGAAGUGACGAGCAAGCUUGCAACCAGCGAUCCGAACGCGACUGGUGUGAUGAAGAAAGUGUUCAAAUGUCCGCACUGUUCAUUCUGGGCCUCGACAGCCUCCCGCUUUCACGUGCACAUUGUGGGCCAUCUCAACAAGAAACCGUUCGAGUGUUCCCUAUGCUCGUACCGUUCGAACUGGCGCUGGGACAUCACGAAACACAUCCGGCUGAAGACGAUCCGCGAUCCGAGCCACAAAAAUGCCGGUGUGCUGAUGAACGACGAGACGGGACGAAGGAACUACACCAAAUACAAUAAGUACAUCACGCUGAUGCAAAUUACGGACAAUAGUGCGAAGGAAUCGACGAGCUAUCAGAAAACGUUGGCCGAAAGUAGCAUGUCGGAGUUGAUGACGGCGUGCAGUGCGUACAACAUUGAUUUAAAGGCGCUGGCCAACAUACCGGGAUUCAAUCUGCUGCUAGAGGAUAAACAGAUGAGCGAUGAGCCGUCGGAAAACGGUCACUUGAAAUGUCAAUUCUGCGAUUAUAGGACUUCAUCCAAGGAGGAGCUUUUACAGCAUGUGACCAACUCACACACUGGAGUCAAUACGACCCUACAACAGCUAGAAGAUGCAAUGGACCAGGAAAGACACAGCAAUACACCACAACCACAACAGCCGAAGAACCACAGUACGGCGAAUAAUAUUACCACACCCUCCAGUACACCGACGCCACCGGUUUCGAACCAUUGUAGCCUUAGUAAAAGUGCAGCUAACACUAGCAACGAUAGUACCACUACUAAUGGAACCCCACUACUAACUAAUGCUAGCGGUGCUGGAGAUAAAACGAACCCGCCGGAAGUCGGUGGUGGUGGUGAUAGAACCGGCGAUGGUGACGGUAUCAGCUCGCAAAGGAUGGCGAUGCCCACUACCUGGCGCCAUAACGCACCUUACCGUUGUGGCCAUUGCCAUCAGGUUUCUAACUGGAAACACGUUAUACAGAGACACUGUCGGCUGAAGCACAACGGGCACGUUUUUAUUGAGCAUGUCAACUCGGAAAGGGAUGACCCGCUGGACGGUGACGGUCAGCAGCAGCAACGGAAUCAAAACAAACCGAACCAACAUUCCGUGUACGUGAUCGAGGAUGUGCUCCACGCAUCAAUUAUCCCCACCGAUCACUCGCGCAAAUCGAUCGAGGCUUUGGUGACUUCCACCAUACCUCCACCACUCGCACCCUUCAGCAUGGAUGACGUCGGAUGUCCGCCCAACACGCUCGAACCGAUCGUGGAAAUUUUCGACAAGGAUCCGGCAGAUAUGAUCAACUUCAGCGGCAGCAUUAUGCCUUCCACGGUGCUAGUGGACAGUGGAACGGUGGCACCAGCAGUGCCAAGCGAGCAGCUCGAAUGUAUUUCCUGCCAGUUCCGUGCGGAAUCGAUGGAGCAGUUGACCGAACAUCUGGAACAGCACAUGCGUGAGAGCGGCGUGCCGGGCAGCAGCUUCGAUCAAUCGGGACUGCUCGAUCCCGUUCCAACCACCAUGUAUUACUGUCAACGCUGUCCUGCCCGGUUCUUUCACGAAAGCCAUAUUUCAGAGCACGAGGCAAAGCAUACGGCUAGGACCCCUGGGGGCAAACACUGCUCGUACUGCUCGUUCACCACGGCGGACGACGACGAGCGCCGACGGCAUGAGGAGGUCCAUCUGCCGGCCUACAACAUCAACACCGACAACCUGCAGAUCUUUCUCGCCGAGAGCAAGGAGUACCCCAAGCCCCAGUUAACGCUGAAGGAAAGCAAUGGCGAGCAGUUGUUUUUUGUGGAGAUGCUGGACAACAACAGUCAACCGCACGCGGAACCGGAGCUUACGAUCAACAGGAAGCGUAAGAAAUCGAAGCAACGCGUUCGGACACCCGAAUCCACGGACGCUGACGAUGAGCAGCUGAGGUCGAUCUUUCUCUGCGAGUACUGCGAUCAAACGUUCGACGUGGAGACCGAGCUGAACACACACGUAAGGACACACUUCUCCUCCAUACUGUCGCCGCAAGGUGUGGCGUACUACACCUCGCUCAGCAACACGCUCGACAAGGAAAAGAAGCUGGAGCUGAUCGUGUCCGGGACGCAAUCGGCCAUGGCGCUCCACUACGUGUACGAUAACGCACGGAAGAAGGAUUGGAACGUGUACUCCAAGACGGAAAGCGUUUUGUUGAAGUUUUGAGUGCGAGCUGCGCAGUGUAGAUUUUGUUGUUUUGUUUAUCUCGUUAGGUUAGCGCUAGGUUUAAGCUUGUUCCAAGAACUAUUCUUCGUUCAUGCCAUCGCGACCAACUCUAACUUCAGUUUGCAGUUAUUCACGUGACCAUAGGUUAUGGUAGCUUUAGUGCGAUACAUAGCGCGAAAUAAAAGUAAUCAUUGUUAUGCCAUUAUGUA